UGUAUCGCCGGGUCGAAAUAAAAAUGCUAUUCACAUUCUGAUUUAAGUGUAAUUUAAAAGUUGUCUAUAGUUAAAAUUUGGCCAAACAUUUUGGCUUUCAUCGGGCGUAUUUUUGUUUAAUAUCUGUGCAAACAAAUAAAUUCGCUUUCAGUCGUAAGCAGUUUGGCGUAAGCAUGGCUCCAACGAUUCAGACACAAUCUCAACGAGAAGACGGCCACAGUAGGCCCUCCUCUCAUCGAACUGUUCCAGAGAGGUCAGGGGUGGUCUGUCGAGUGAAGUACUGCAACAGCCUGCCCGACAUCCCUUUUGACCCCAAAUUCAUCACAUAUCCAUUUGAUCAGCACAGGUUUGUACAGUAUAAAGCCACUUCUCUGGAGAAGCAGCACAAGCAUGAGCUCCUGACUGAGCCAGACCUUGGGGUCACCAUCGAUCUCAUCAACCCAGACACCUACCGCAUUGACCCCAACAUACUGUUGGAUCCCGCUGAUGAAAAACUUUUGGAGGAGGACAUCCAGGCUCCAUCCAGUUCAAAGAGGUCACAGCAGCAUGCCAAGGUGGUCCCGUGGAUGAGAAAGACAGAAUAUAUUUCUACAGAGUUUAACAGAUAUGGCGUUUCCAACGAGAAAGUGGAAGUCAAGAUCGGUGUAUCCGUCAAACAGCAGUUUACAGAGGAAGAAAUCUACAAAGACAGGGACAGCCAGAUUUCUGCUAUUGAGAAAACAUUUGAAGAUGCACAGAAACAGAUUUCGCAGCACUACAGUAAACCCAGAGUUACUCCUGUGGAGAUUCUACCUGUGUUCCCAGACUUCAAGAUGUGGAUCAACCCAUGUGCUCAGGUCAUCUUUGACUCUGAUCCUGCGCCGAAAGACAUGUCAGGACCAGCAGGAGUGGAAAUGAUGUCUCAGGCCAUGAUCAGAGGUAUGAUGGAUGAGGAAGGAAAUCAGUUUGUGGCCUACUUCCUGCCCAAUGAAGAAACAAUUCGCAAGCGCAAGAGAGACUGCGAUGAGGGCAUGGACUAUAUGCCUGAGGAUCUGUAUGAUUACAAGAUAGCCAGGGAGUACAACUGGAACGUGAAGAACAAGGCCAGCAAAGGUUAUGAGGAGAACUACUUCUUCAUCUUUAGAGAUGGAGAUGGUGUUUACUACAAUGAGCUGGAGACAAGGGUGCGUCUGAGCAAGAGGAGAGCCAAGGCCGGAGCCCAGUCCACCACAAACGCCGUGCUGGUGUGUAAGCACAGAGAGAUGAACGAGAAAGAGCUGGAAGCCCAGGAAGCCCGUAAAGCUCAACUGGAGAACCAUGAGCCAGAAGAUGAGGAGGAAGACAUGGACAUGGAUAAGGACUUACAGGACUCAGGUGAUGAGAAGGACAAGGGCAGCGGCAGCGAGGCAGAGAACUCUGGUAGUGAAUCUGAAAGGGAAGAUGAAGACCGGGAACAGAGAGGAGAGGAGGAUGAAGAGGACGAGGACAGACAGAAGCGGAGGAGGAAGGCAAGCGGCAGUGGAAGCGAGAGCGGCGAGGAGAGGACCAGAGAAAUGCGAGACGAGGAAGAGAUCUUCGGCAGUGACGAUGACAGCGACGACAACGAGAACAACAAGAACUCGGCCAGGAGCAGCGGGGAGGAGGGGAGCGGGAGCGAGGAUGAGGGAGGGAACAGAGGAGGCAGCAGGAGUCGCAGUGCUUCUCCAGCACACAGCGACCGCAGCAGUGACCACUCAGGGACCCGGGCUCAGAGCGGAAGUGGGAGUGAGAGAGGAUCGGACUCCAGUGACGCCAGUGACAGUGAAUAAGAGCUGUGGUCCAGACAGCACGGUAUUGGCCACCUUUCUUAUCUGUAUAUUCAGCUCCAAACACGGCAGUGUUGCCCUGUUGCUGACCGCUACAUUAAUAUUAGCUCCGUCUGGGGAUGUAAUUUCUUAUGAUUGCAGAUAUCAAGUGAAAUUUGUGUGCGAGAUGCUCAUUGGUUUUGGACCAGGGCCAUCUCUCUCCAAUUUUAAUUGUAGAUUUAACUCUCAAACCAAUAGCUAUUUGUACACCAUUCUUUUGUUUUUGUCUGUCAGAUAUUUAGUGUCCUUAUCCCUCUGCUUUUGAUUUGUCAUUGUGUUACGGCUUUGAAACUGAUAUUAAAAUGCAGGUGACAUUUUGUAACAAA